AUGGCCGCUAUCUUGGACGAUAACAACAAGGCGACGCCCUACGCGGCUCUCCUCAACCCAUUGGCAACGACGGAUGUCAUCGUUUGGUACCAAAAGGACGGCUACCUCUACCUUGACUCGAAGCCCAUUGAUCCACUGUCAUCCAAGGCUCUCAAACAGGCGGCCAAACCACUCUUCCCAGGCUACGAUGAGAACGAGAUCAUCGAUGGUUCUGUGCAUACCGCUACCAAUGGCAACGGUGAUGUCUCGGUUCUGGCCGACACUACCCCCAAAGUGCCCUUUGGAAGCUGCGUGGCCAUUACGACCACGUCUACCGCUAAGCUGUCGUACGCCUUCGCAAUCCGGGACAUGGACAAGACUCUCUGCAUGAUCAGCCCCGUCUACUCGCCUCUGGGAAAGAAUACCGCCGAUGGCGUCAUCUGGCAUCAUCUGACAAAUAACAGAAAGGACGACACUGUCAACAAGAUCUACAAUACCGACCCAUUCAGCCUCAAGACGGUUCUCAUCAGCGACUUCUACAACCCUAUCGACCAGUCUCAGCUGUGCGCGAUUUCCAUGUCGGUGGGUGGCGCCUCUCCUGCCCCUUAUGUCUUUUGGCACCAGGGUGGGAAGAAAGCCCCAGGCAUCUACUUCGGCGAUGUGACACAAGGACAUUGUGCUGACCAUUUCUCGGACCAAACAGUCGAGCAAAUCAAGAAAAUCACGUCUAUCCCUGAUCCUACCACCCCUCUUGCCGUAUGCCUUUUCGAAGGCAGCGUAUUCCUCUUCCACCUCAACAGCGACUACAAUGUUGCCUGUACCAAGUACUCCAACGGCAACUGGGGAAAGGUCUUCGUCCCGACCAAGUAUGACUCGGCAAACCCUUCUGAUGACGGUCAGCCUCUAGCGGCGGACACCCUGAGCGGAUUGUCUGCUGUCGCAGACCCCGCGAAUGACAGAAUUGUCAUUACGUACAAGGCCUUUGUUGAUGAGGACCAUCCCGAUGUCUCCCCGUGCACCAUCUACUCUUUGCUGGACCCUCUCUCACAAUCGUAA